AUGCUUUCGUGGAACAAGUUUCCAAUUAAGGAAGUGGAACUUAGCUUGGCUAAGGUUCUCAGAUGCGGACAGACGUUCAGGUGGAAAAAUAUUAACAAUGUAUGGUCAUUUAGUCUCGAUGAUAAAGUGAUCUUUUUGAAGCAAGAUGAGUACAGUAUCCAUUAUUCGUGGAUCAUGAAGGAGGGUGUAUCUAGCAAGGACCGCUUUGAUACAUCCAGCGAUGUUUUGGGAUUUGUUCGUGAUUACUUCAACUUGAAUGUGAACCUUGAGCUGCUUUAUCAAGAUUGGUCACAUCGUAGUUCGCUAGUGAAGGCUGCUACUCAUGGCUCGGCAUUCCAGAGGUUUACAGGAAUCCGAAUUCUUCGCCAGGAUCCCUGGGAGACUUUGGUCUCAUUUAUCUGCUCUUCCAACAAUAACGUUAAACGCAUAUCCAAAAUGUGCGACAGCUUAUGCACUGAAUUUGGAACCUACAUCGCUACUCAUGGAGGUGUCGACUACUACUCCUUUCCCACGGCCCAAGCGCUUAGUUCUCUGCCUUCCGUGGAGACAAAGCUUCGAGAAUUGGGGUUUGGUUAUCGUGCAAAGUACAUCUACCAAACAGCAUUGAUGUUGACUGACCCCGACAACCCAGAUUUGUCUCUUGCCAAGUUGUACGACUUACGUCUUGAAAGCUACGAGGCCUGCUCGGAGUUUCUCAUACAACUCUCUGGCGUGGGUCCAAAAGUGGCUGAUUGUAUCUGUCUUAUGGCUCUAGACAAGCAUGACGUUGUGCCUGUGGACACUCAUGUGUACCAGAUUGCAAUCCGUGACUACAAGUACAAGGGUAAGCGUGACCUCAAGACUAUGAACAAGAAGGUAUAUGAAGAUAUAAGGACAUUUUUCAAGAACAUUUUUGGACCGUACGCCGGCUGGGCCCAGUCUGUGUUGUUCACUUCUGACUUGUCCGAUCUCAAUAAUGGCAUCAACGAAACUACUGUGUCUGUGAAGCAAGAGGUGAAGGAGACCAGCGACAUGAAAUUGGAUUUAAAAGAAGAAAUCAAGGUUGAACAGAAAGGAGGGAAAAAGAGGACGACGAAGGUGAUGAGGGAAAUUCAAAAUGUACCAAUUGCUGGAUUCAAGGACGUACAUGCUAGUCACGUGGAAAGUGCGGAGGAUACAAAAUCUUUCGCAGAGGCAUACAAGAGGCAAAAGGUAAGUAGCUAG